AUGCCGGAGUCCACGGAAUCCACGGUGCAAGCCCGGCUUAACGCGGACCUGUCCUUGCUUCGAGGAGUCCCGGCUAGACUCUUCGUCCCUGGCGAGGAAACUCAGGCCCAAGUCAUACGAGUGAAAGCCACUUUAAGACUGCGAGCCAAACGGGAGGGNGGGAGGGCGGCGACCCCGUCCAUUGAAGAUCGUUCUUGGCGCCAUCGACCACCUCCCACCACUCGGUUCGAGCGACCACCUGCCCUCCUGGAGAAGACCUUGCCUAGUAUACCUUCCGGGACGGCAUUCUCGAAUUGGUGA